AUGGCGUUAGUGACCCUGCAGCGGUCCCCGACCCCCAGCGCCGCGUCCAGCGCCAGCACCGCGACCACCACUGCGGGCGAGGAUUUGGGAAGCGAAGAUGAACGGCGGAUGAAUCAAAGCCUGAGUGAGAGCUUCUUUAUGGUAAAGGGUGCUGCGCUCUUCCUACAACAAGGAAGCUCUCAGCAGGGCCAAAAAGUGCAUCCUCACCACAAACAUGCAGGGGACUUACCUCAACACCUACAGGUGAUGAUUAACAUUCUCCGCUCAGAAGACCGGAUCAAACUGGCUGUGCGGCUGGAGAGUGCGUGGUUAGAUCGUGUGCGAUACAUGGUAGUUGUGUACACAAGUGGACGGCAAGACACAGAGGAGAACAUCCUACUGGGAAUCGACUUUACUAACAAAGACUGCAAAAGCUGUUCAAUUGGCAUGGUGCUGCCACUCUGGAGUGACAGUAAAAUCCACUUGGAUGGAGAUGGGGGCUUUACUGUCAACACAGCAGGGCGGACUCAUGUCUUCAAACCUGUUUCAGUGCAGGCUAUGUGGUCGGCUCUCCAGGUGCUCCACAAGGCUUGUGAGGUGUCCCGUAGGUAUAACUAUUUCCCCGGGGGUAUGGCUCUCACUUGGAUGGGUUACUACGAAAGCUGCAUCGCUUCAGAGCAGAGUUGCAUCAAUGAAUGGAACACCAUGAAGGACUUGGAAUCCACACGUCCAGACUCGCCUACUAUGUUUGUCGACAAGCCUUCAGAGAGAGAGAGGACAGAGUGCCUUAUCAGAGCCAAACUCCGAAGUAUCAUGACAUGCCAGGAUCUUGAGAAUGUCACAUGCAAACAGAUCCGCACCGAGUUGGAGCAGCACAUGAGCUGCAACCUCAAGGAAUUCAAAGAGUUCAUCGACAAUGAGAUGCUGUUGAUUUUGGGCCAGAUGGAUAAAGCUACACUCAUCUUUGACCAUGUCUACCUGGGCUCUGAAUGGAAUGCAUCAAAUUUGGAAGAACUGCAAGAAACGGGAGUGGGAUAUAUCCUCAAUGUAACAAGAGAGAUAGACAACUUUUUUCCUGGCACAUUCAGCUAUCACAAUGUUCGCGUGUAUGACGAAGAGGCCACUGACCUGCUGGCACACUGGAAUGAUACGUAUAACUUCAUUGUUAAAGCAAAAAAAAACUACUCCAAGUGUCUUGUUCACUGUAAGAUGGGCGUCAGCCGAUCUGCCUCCACAGUCAUUGCGUACGCCAUGAAAGAAUAUGGAUGGUCACUGGAGAAGGCCUACAACUUUGUCAAGGAAAGGAGGAGCAUUACACGACCGAACCCAAGUUUCAUGAGGCAGCUGGCAGAGUACGAGGGCAUUCUUGAUGCCAGCAAACAGCGUCACAACAAGCUGUGGCAUCCAGACACAGACUGUGAGAUGGCAGAGGGCCACCCGGUGUCGGCCCAGUGUUGCGGUGAAGACGAAGGGGACCACUUGACCCCGGAGCCGGUGAUGUCUCUCUGCUGUGAAGAAUCUCUGCCCGUUAAAGGUGCAGCAUGCUCCUCCCCUUGCCGGAAAGUAGCCCUGGAAAUUGACCCUGCCUACAACAACUACUACUUCCGGAGGCUUUCCGACUCCGCAUUGGACAGUGAGCCGUCAACACCUGUACGUGGCCCUCCCCUUCUUGGCAUGGAGAAAGUCUUCAUUGAAAUUGAGGAUGUUGAGCGAGAUGCUCUGCUGGACGAUGAGGCAUUUGACGGGCGAGACGGUCUGGGGCUACCCCCUUUCGGGUCUACAGCGGAGGGCACCGCAGCCCAGACCUGUAAUCGAGGCCCCGAGCCCCUGGAGGAGCUACGUCUGCGGCUAGAGUUUAGCACAGUGGAGGAAGAGGAUGAAGAAGAUGUGCAAAAGGAGGAAGCAGACAUGGAGGUUCUAAUGCAGCCAGAUGAAGGCGGGGGUGGUGACGGAGGGGGAGGAGCAGGGGAAACGCAAGAUGUAGAGGUGGAAGGCGAUGUCGACAGUAAUGGCAUGGACCUCGCAACCCUGAAUGAAAAUUCCAACAACAACAACCGUUUUACCUCUCACCAGAACUUCAAUGGAAAUGCCACCCCUCUUGCAGCUGAUGUAUCUUUAUGUUCUUGGAGGGACAUUUCAUCAACCUCUCUUUCAGAUCCUUGCCUUAAACCCAGUCCUCAUGAAAUCCCAAGUGCUCCGUUUCAGUUACCCCAGACCUCUUCUAAAGACCUCGUGUGUUCAACGGUGUCUCUUUCCGACUGUGCCAAGAGUGCUUCCUUUGCUUCUGCCACGCCGCCCGACGCGCCACAGCAAAUAGCGGACUCCCUUCACGCCGUCGGGGUGGAGGACCGCGAUGAUAUGUUGCAUGUGAACAUGGAGUGUGAGAAUAGGCUGUCUGUAGGCUCUUCAGAAGUUCUACCUGAACUGAUGUCAAUGGAGAUGCUCAAAGAUACGCCUGCCACGGAUUGCUACCUGAGCCAGCAGAGGGAGAACUCGGUCGAGUCGCAGAGGUCGGGCGUGGUGCGCCGUCACGCCGAGAGAUUGGAGAGACUUUGGGGUUUGACCCAAGAGAGCCUGCAUUCUUUGAAGCCUAUGCACGCAUGUCAAAUGUCCAAGAAGGAAGAGUUUCCUGGCUUUCCUAGGGACUUGAUAAAAUCAUCUACACCGUGCCAAGUAAGGUUAGAGCCACUGGUUGUUCCACUCACCAAUGAAGCCUUGUUGGGGGUGGUGGGGUCGGGGAUGCUUACCCCUACCUCCUCGCCACACAGCACCACGUUGACGCGCAGCUCCAGCAGCGACAGUCUUCGUAGCGUGAGAGGAAAGCCCGGCUUGGUUCGUCAGAGGGCGCAGGAAAUCGAGACACGGAUGCGUUUGGCGGGACUCACCGUGUCGUCCAGGCUCAAACGGUCCAACUCGCUGGCUAAAUUGGAUAGUCUCAAUCUCUCCUCUGAGGACCUGUGCUCCGCCUGUUCUUCAGAUGCAGGAACACUACUCCUUCUCUCAUUGUCACCAGAGCCGGGCCAGUGGGAGUCCCCUACCGCACCCUCUCAAUCCCGACCCUGCAAAGACUUGCACACUCCAGAGAAAGCUCUAGCAGGGGAGCCCGUAAGCUGA